AUGUCAACUGACAGUUAUGACAGUGGCUAUGACCACGGAUACUUUCAGACACCGCCGCACGUCAUCGCCGCGGGAAUCGGACUGCCUACCCUAAACAUCGUCUCUAUUUUCUUAAGAUUCCUUGCGCGGAAGAAACAAAAGCAGCCUCUGAAGGCCGAUGACUGGCUUUUGGUGCCAGCAACGCUCCUCAACCUGGGAAUCGGCAUAUCUAUGGUCUAUGGCGUCUCAAAAAACGCUCUCGCCUACCCUUAUGUACCCCCGCUAGAAUCGGGUGAAGAUAUCUUUUCUUCCCAUUCAGAGCAGAUGAGCAUAGAAGGCGCCAUCCAAUGGGCCUACACUUUUCUACUCCCGCUAGCGCUUGGUUGUACCAAAAUGAGUUUCUUGUUGUUGUAUAGGCGGAUAUUUGCAACCAACAGGUUGGGAAAAACGAACAUAUUCCUCAUUGGAAUGUGUGUCAUCAUUUUUCUGUGGAUGUGGGGGUUUUUCUUUGUGUUUCUUUUCAUAUGUCGUUUGAACUUCUGGGCAUUAUGGGCCACAGCCAGAGCAGUCUUUGAUCACUGCAUCCGCGAUACAGGCCCAAAUUUCGCCGUGAUCAUUUCAGAUGUGAUCACAGAUGUGGUUAUUAUAGUUACGCCCAUUCCGCUAAUCUGGCGGUUGAACCUGACGCUCGGACGGAAAAUCGGAAUCACUGCCGUCUUUCUGUUCGGGUUAAUCACUUUCGCGGCGUCUCUAACACGGCUUGUUCUGACAUCACGAAUCCUAGGGGUGGGCCAUGGCCUCAACGCCGACCCUAUCCUUCUAGCAACUUCGUUCAUAUACUGGGGAAUGGUCGAAACGGGGAUUGCUGUAUUCGUAGCUUGCCUACCAACGCUCUGGAUAUUUGGCACGAGAUCGACAUUAACAGCCCUACUCAGCGCAGUCAAGUCUAUCACAAAUUUCAGCAUCACCAACAUCAGUCUUUUCAGGACUAGAACAAUCAAUGAUGAUAUUGACGCAGGUCUGAAAACAUCACUUGAGGUCGAAGGGCACAGCAGCGCAGGCGGUCAGAGUCCGAAUCCUUCGAAAUACUCCGAGAAUACAACUUGA